AUGACGCUCUUCGUUAUCGGUCUCGGCCUCUGCGAUGAGAAGGACAUUACACUCCGAGCUCUUGAGGCGGUCAAGUCGAGCACUCGUGUGUACCUCGAGGCAUACACCUCGAUCCUCAUGGUAGAAGAUUACCAAGAGCGUCUCGAGAAGCUUUAUGGUCAGCCCGUAAUUCUUGCUCACCGCGAAGUCGUCGAGCUCGAAUCAGAUGACAUUCUCUCUCUCGCCGCAACCAGCAACGUCUCCUUCCUCGUAGUCGGCGACCCUCUCUCCGCAACAACGCAUACCGACCUCAUCCUCCGUGCCCACGCUGCCAAAGUCCCCGUUCGCAUUAUUCACAAUGCAUCGAUCAUGACCGCCAUUGCUUCAUCGGGCCUGCAGGCGUACAAUUUUGGGCAAACGGUUAGCGUGCCCUUCUGGACUGAGGAAUGGAAGCCGGAUAGCUGGCUAGAGAGGAUACAGGAAAACCUCGACAGGGGGAAUCAUACGCUUGUUCUGGGCGAUAUCAAGGUCAGAGAACAGAGUCAAGAGGAUAUGGCAAGGGGCGUGCUCCGCUAUCAACCACCGCGGUAUAUGCUCAUUCCGCAGCUCGUCACUCAACUCCUAGCCGCCUCCGUCCACCACCACCAAAACAGCCCCGACCCCUCAUCCACCAAACCCAUCCUCAGCGCAGACGAAACCCUUGCUGUGGCUCUAUGCCGCAUGGGCGCUGACGACGAGUACAUAGCUUCAGGCACGUUGGGCGAACUCCUGGCCCUCGCCUCCCCGUCGGUAGAUGAAGCCGCCAAGGAGGAGGCGGAAGAUGAUGCUGAUGAGAUGGCAUCAGAAGCUGAGCUUGACAAACGCAGGGCAGCAAGGGCUGAAAAGAGGGCAGUCAAAGCUUUCGGGCCUCCAUUGCAUUCUUUGGUCAUUGUGGGAAAGAGGUUGCACGAAUUGGAGAGGGAGUAUGCGGCCCUUUGGAAGGUGGGGGAUGGAUGGCAACGGGUUGCGAGGGAGGUAUAUGGGUGCAGAUGA